AUGAAUCGAGGGAGUCGGGGAACACAGGGAAACUACAACAUGCCUAUUGAAAAAGCUGCCGAAAUGGAGAUCACCUUUGCGGGAAAGCGAGCUUUGGUCACGGGUGCUGGUAAAGGCAUCGGUCGAGACAUUGCCAAAAAGCUAACAGCAUGUGGGGCAAACACUGUGGCGCUCAGUCGGUCCCAGGCGGAUUUGGACUCCUUGAAAUCAGAGGUUCCAACUAUCGAGACAUGUGUCGUGGACCUGAGCGACUGGACAUCGGCCCGGCAAACCAUCGAGUCCCUGGGCCACUUUGACCUGCUUGUCAACAACGCCGGGGUGUCCAAAGUUGUGCCCUUUACAGAGACCUCGGAGCAGGAUUUUGAUUUGUGA